GCUCCUCCGGGAGGAAAGGAGAAGGAGAGGCUCUGAGUGGAUCUCUUGAGAAGAGGGAGGUUUGAGGGUGGGGAACCCAAGGCAGGACUGAAGGCAGGUGGGGAACCGAGGCCUGGAGGCCCCGUUUAAAGGAGAGGCUUUGGGGCAAGGAAUGGGUUGGAGGAGUGACGUAGGAAGCCCCCAGCUCCUUGCCAUAGGCAAAGGACGCAUGCAGUUCCUUGGGCUGCCCUGUGUGGUAGUGAGGUCAUGGUUCCUGGAAUUAAAUGGGGAUGGCCAACUCAGAGUGUGUAAAGGGGGCUCUUGUGGUGGGUGAAAGUUAGUGGCCCCUUAAAUCACGUGGAGUCUGAGCAGCAUUGACCAUGUCCAUGCCAUGCACAGAGCAAUGGACAGCAAGAGAAAAGCCCUGAACAGCAGGAGAAAAGUUGGAAGAAACCACCCAGAUUUCCAUCACCUUCCCUUGGGGCUGAGUCUUGUGACUAAUAGGAGCCGCAGCAGCCGCCUCCACCCCAGCACAGAAGGAUCCUCUGCUGCCAACCUUUCCUCACUUUUGGAAAUGGCGGGUGAAAUCACAGAGACUGGGGAGCUCUAUUCUCCUUACGUUGGGCUGGUGUACAUGUUCAACCUCAUCGUGGGCACAGGUGCGCUCACCAUGCCCAAGGCCUUCGCCACUGCCGGGUGGCUUGUCAGCCUCAUCCUGCUGGUGUUCCUGGGCUUCAUGAGCUUCAUGACCACCACCUUCGUGAUGGAGGCCAUGGCAGCAGCCAAUGCACAGCUCCGCUGGAAGAGGAUGGAAAACCACAAGGAAGAGGAAGAAGACGACUCCUCCACAGGCUCAGACAGUGACGUUCUCAUCCAGGACAGCUAUGAGCGGGCAGAGAAACGGCCCAUCCUGUCUGUGCAGAGACGCGGAUCUCCCAACCUUUUUGAAAUCACAGACCGGGUGGAAAUGGGCCAGAUGGCCUCCAUGUUCUUCAAUAAAGUGGGGGUGAACCUGUUCUAUUUCUGCAUCAUCAUUUACCUGUAUGGGGACCUGGCCAUCUAUGCUGCGGCUGUGCCCUUCUCCCUCAUGCAGGUGACCUGCAGUGCCAUUGGCAACGACUCCUGCGGCGUGGAGGCAGACACCAAAUACAACGACACCGACCGGUGCUGGGGGCCCCUGCGUCGAGUGGACGCCUACCGCAUCUACUUGGCUGUCUUCACUCUCCUCCUCGGACCUUUCACCUUCUUUGAUGUCCAGAAGACCAAGUACCUGCAGAUCUUAACCUCUCUGAUGAGAUGGAUCGCCUUCGCCGUCAUGAUCGUGCUGGCGCUGGUCCGCAUCGCGCACGGCCACGGGGAGGGGCACCCGCCCCUGGCCGACCUCUCUGGGGUCCGAAACCUGUUCGGGGUGUGCGUGUACUCCUUCAUGUGCCAGCACUCGCUGCCGUCCCUCAUCACCCCCGUCUCCUCCAAGCGCCACCUCACGCGGCUGGUGUUCCUGGACUACGUGCUGAUCCUGGCCUUCUACGGCCUCCUCUCCUUCACCGCCAUCUUCUGCUUCCGCGGGGACAGCCUCAUGGACAUGUACACCCUCAACUUUGCGCGCUGCGACGUCGUGGGCCUGGCCGCCGUCCGCUUCUUCCUGGGCCUCUUCCCGGUCUUCACCAUCAGCACCAACUUCCCCAUCAUCGCCGUGACCCUGCGCAACAACUGGAAGACGCUCUUCCACCGCGAGGGCGGCACCUACCCGUGGGUGGUGGACCGUGUCGUGUUUCCCACCAUCACCCUCGUGCCCCCCGUGCUCGUGGCCUUCUGCACCCAUGACCUGGAGUCCUUGGUGGGCAUCACGGGGGCCUACGCGGGCACCGGCAUCCAGUACGUCAUCCCCGCCUUCCUGGUGUACCACUGCCGCAAGGACACCCAGCUGGCCUUCGGCUACGGGACCGUCAACAAGCACAGGUCCCCUUUCCGCCACACCUUCUGGGUGGGCUUCGUGCUGCUCUGGGCGCUCUCCUGCUUCAUCUUCGUCACAGCCAACAUCGUCCUCAGCGAGAGCAAGCUCUGACGGCGGGACGGUCUGGUGACGGCAGCCUCACUGCCCACAAAGCCAGGAUUUAGUGGCCUCCCAGGACUUCUUGGGGCAGGUGAGGCCCUGGCUCUCAGAGGGGACUCUCCGCCCAACCCGGGGGUCUUCUCUGCUCCCCAGACUCUGGCCAGUGUGCAUCUGGCCUCGCUCGCCGGGAGGUCUCCUCCCAGACCCUCCUGCCUGGGCGCACGCAGCUGCCCCCGCGGCCAGGACUCCUUAGCGGAAUCACCCCGUUUUACAACACACUCCACCCCACCGCCAGAGGCAGGCCCCUCCCCAUGAGGUGGGAGAUGCAGUGCUGGCACUGCCACCAUUUGUACCAGCCCCACGUCCCUUCCUGCUCCCUCCGCAGCCCCCUCCUCUGUCCUUGUCUGGAAAGUCUCUGCUAGCAGCUGCUGCCUCUUUGGAGGCAAGUCCCAGGCGCUAAGCAUCCUAACCGGCCUGCCUGUGAUGGGCAGGGCCACCCUUCCCGCCAGGCCUGGGAGUCACUAAGUGCCGCUCCUAGGAGAGGGCCUGGCUGGCCGUGAUGACAAAAGCAAGAAGUGCUAAUUGGGACCAGGGCCCAACCGGAGCUGUGAGGGCCCUUGCUGUGGGCGCCAGCUCCAGAGCCGCAGGCCGGAGGGAGCUCCCCUUCCACGGGAACACAGCAGCCUGUGAGCUGCGUUUAAAGCCCAGAGCCUGUGUCCCCGAAAGGGACCCGCUGCCCCACUGGAGCCCUCCGGUCUCUCUCAGCGUACGGGGCCGCUAGAGGGAAGCCACCCUCACCCAGCACCCUCAGUGGCUUGGGAGGGCCAUGGGCACGAGGCAGUGGGAGGGCCCAGGGCCCCCCCAUGCAGACGGUCUAGCUGCUCCCACUCCAGUGGCUCCCUUAGGAGCCAGGUGUGGGUGCUCAGUGUUCAUGCUCUUCAUGUCCUGUGGGUGACAUGGGGUUGGAUGGGGCACCCACCACCAUUCCCCAGCCACCUUCCCCUCACGCUCAUACACACACCUGGGACCAGCCUCUUCAGAAGCACAGGUGACUCAAAUGAACUCUGCAUUUUCAAUGUGCCUUCUCCUGCUUCAGGACCUGGGGUCCUUCCUGACCCUGCCUCGCUUGCCCCCAGCCCCGGGCCCACCCAUCCUGGAGCCGGGAGCUGCCUCUCCGGGGCGGGGUCUCAGGGCCCUGCCCCUCCCUCUCGAUUGCAGUGCCUUGCUUACCCUCCUGGGGAACCUCCCUGCGACCCUCCCCUGCAUCUCACUGUCUUCGGGCCUGGGACAGAGCAAUGAUGCCGGAUCUGCUGGGGACCCAGGUGGUCUCGGGGUCAGGGGACAUGUGGAAUUUGCAGGGAACAUGGGGGGACCCGCAGGCAGCCCGCCCUCCACCUCUGCCCUGGCAGUCGGAGCCUGAGAGCCCCUGAAUGGUGCAAUUGGCCGAUGACUUUCUCACUGUCGUCAUGCCUCGGCAGUUCUCACAGCUUGUCCCCACAUAUUAUUUUCCAUCACAGGAAAAGCAAAUGCCCCUCCCCCAUCUGCCAUUGUAGCUUCUUCCCAGGAAGCCCUGCAGGGUGGGCAGAGCCAGGGCGCCACAGUGGCAAGACUGGGCCAUGCCUGGAGCUGCCCAGCUGUUUGCUGAAAACUCAAAACAUCUGUAGUUACCAUUUGCCGAUUACGUUCCCUCUUGCUUAAGGACAAAGCAAAUUAAAUCAUCCCGCCGCCCCAGGCUCCAAACCAAAUUUUGGACUCUUAUUUAUUAGCAUCAUAAAGCCCAGGUUGAUUUAUGUGACUAUCUGGAGCCACACAGUGAUGGAGUCUAUGGCUGUGUCCCCCCUUCCCAGCCGGUGCAGCCCAGUCCUGGAGGGAAUUGGCCCAAGGUGACCACGCCAUAGACGCCAGGCUGGGCCUUCAGCACUGCCACCAUCUCGCUGCUCUGCUUCUGGUUCCUCUGCUGCCGGUCCUGCCACAUGUCAGAUGGGGUCACUUUGGAGUGCCACAGACAGCUGGGGGGCCUGGGGCCAGGAAUAGGGGUCCCCAACAGUGAGACAUUCCCAGGUGAUGCUGGCUCUGCACAGGCAUCAAGCACACUUAACUGCAACUGGUUUUAUGUCUGUGGUGAGGUGGGCAAGGCAGGUCGUGGUUUCCACUUAGCAGAUGGGUCAGUGGUGGGGAGGGCAGAAGAGGUUGCCAACCUGCCUUGUACAAGUGUCGCUCUGGAGGGGACCUUCACUCACAGCUCCACCCCACGUCAUCCCCCUGGGCUGCCCCACAUGUCCCCGAGAGCAGGCCAGGCCCAGGUGGGCAUGCGCGCCCCACCUCCCUCCUGCGAAGCACCACCUGGGCACCAGAGCCUGGUGCCGGCAGCUCCUGGCUGUGCCUCACCUGGGGCCGGAGUGGUGGCCUCUGGUUAUAGAUGGAGCAGAUGGCGGGUGACAGGCUGAGAGGCACUGCUGUGGGUGGAGGGUGCACAGUGGGCACUGUGCCGGGCCCCCAGCCACACAGCUGUUCCCACCACAGGGGGGCUGGGGCCAAAGCCAGAGCAGUGGGGCGCCGUGCCCCACCUCCUGGGAAACCAGCCCAGAGGGGCAGUGGCUGGCAGUGCUGGGCCCUGGGGAAGCGGAAGGCUGAGGCUUCACUUGUCCAGGAGGCAGAUUCUCGAGCAAGGCCGACUCGUGGUAAGGGCCACUGAAAAACUGGCUCCAGAGACCAAGAUCCAGGGCACAGCAGAGGGUUUGGGGUCCCUUCCCCCUGGGGCCCGUGGCAUCCAUUGCAGACUGCAGGAGUAGCGUCUGCUGAGGGCCGGUAUGUGCUGGGCACAGCACUGGGCACUUUCCAAGUGGACAAGCAGCCAGACCUGCUGCUUGCAGGCAGUGCACCUCUGUGACUCUCCCCGCUCAUUUGUAAAGUUGGUGACAGUAGCUGUGUCACUGACUGGUGGUGGGAAUUAAAGUACUGAGCUUAGUGCCCAGCACAAAAGUGCUCAAUAAAGCUAUUCUUUACUGA